CUUUCGGCUUUUAGCCGUACUACAUUUACCACUUGCUGUAAAUGGUUUUCGCUUUUAUGUUCCGUUGACGGACUUCCUAUUGUUUUUACACAAGCCAGGAUAAUUUGGACGGGUAACAACAACUAGCAAGUUAUGUAAACUGCUUUAGUGAUUAGGCCUAAUCAUUGUUUUGGAUUGCUACAAGUGUCAUUGAUUUAGAAUUACUGCAACUGAAUAUUUCGAUACAAUUUGCACCAUUGAUAUUAUGCGUCGUUCUGGGGUUCACCUUCAAAAAUGGAUGUCUCAACGGGCGGGACACUCAAAUGGCCUUGGUUAUCAAGUUGGGAUCUGCAGUUUCCACACAUCAUGCAAACGCCAAAAGGUGUUAACUAUGGAUACCAUGAAUCCAUUUGUGAAGAAUAUGGAAUAUGCAGUUCGAGGUCCUAUUGUAAUUCGCGCAGGAGAAAUUGAGGCUGAGUUAAAUAAGGGCAUUUCAAAGGAUUUUAAAGAUGUUAUAAGAGCCAACAUUGGGGACUGCCAUGCGACUGGCCAAAAGCCAUUAACUUUCCUGCGACAGGUAGUAGCCCUGUGUACGGAUCCGGACCACUUAAUGAAAAGUCCAUAUUAUCCAGACGAUGCUAAAGACAGAGCCAGAAGAAUUUUAGAUAGCUGUGGGGGUCACAGCAUCGGUGCAUACAGUGACAGUGCAGGAGUGAGGGUGAUUCGUGAGGACAUUGCUCGGUACAUUGAAGAAAGAGAUGGACACCCCUCUAAUCCUGACGACAUAUUCUUGUGUACAGGAGCAAGCGAUGGUAUAAAGACCAUCAUGAAGAUGUUGAUGACUGGUCGAGAUGGAGCAGAGAGAGCUGGAGUUAUGAUUCCCAUCCCUCAGUAUCCCCUGUACACCGCCACAAUAGCUGAAUACAAUGCCUACCCAAUCAGUUACUAUCUGGACGAAGACAAUGCUUGGUCUCUACAUGCCUCAGAACUCAGGAGGGCACUGAAUGAAGCUCGUAAACACUGCUUACCAAGGGCUUUAGUGAUCAUCAACCCAGGCAAUCCCACAGGUCAAGUUUUAUCGAGACCAAAUAUCGAGGAGAUCAUCAAGUUUGCCAAGGAGGAGAAUCUCUUUUUACUAGCAGAUGAGGUAUACCAACACAAUAUUUAUGCGGAGGGGUCUGCUUUCCACUCCUUUAAAAAAGUGAUGAUGGAGAUGGGACCAGAAUAUCGAGAGAUGGAGCUCGCAUCAUUUAUGUCCACCUCAAAAGGAUACAUGGGGGAAUGUGGAUUCAGGGGAGGUUACUGCGAGGUCAUCAAUCUGGAACCUGCUGUUAAGGCAAUGCAGGUCAAGUCCAUAUCAGCCAAGCUGUGUUCCUCAGUCUCUGGACAGACUGCCAUGGAUGUUGUGGUUAACCCCCCACGACCAGGAGAACCAUCUUAUGAUCUCUUUAUGAAAGAGAAAAAUGAAGUGUUGGGUCAGCUGAAGCAGAAGGCUGAACUGGUGGCAGAAACCUUCAACUCUGUGGAGAGAAUGUCCUGUAAUCCUGUACAGGGAGCAAUGUAUGCCUUUCCUCAAAUUUAUCUGCCAGAGGCUGCUGUUGAAACGGCAAAGAAAAAGGGAAUAGGAGCAGAUGCAAUGUAUUGCUUUGAACUGUUGGAAAGUACUGGGAUAUGUGUGGUGCCAGGCUCAGGGUUCGGACAGAAACCAGGAACAUACCACUUUCGGACAACAAUAUUACCACCAGUUGACAAGCUUAAAGAAAUGAUGGAGCGUUUCAAGAAAUUUCAUGUUGGUUUUAUGCAGAAGUAUAAAUAAGGUUUAUUGUUGAAAAAUAUUGUUAAGGUUGUUCUCUGCUGAUGGACAUGUACAAGGUUUUAAAAAAGGAAAUUGCUCAAAAUAGGAAUAGUUGUAUAUAUAUUAUUGUAUCAUGAAGUUAAAGUACAUAUGUAUCAAUACUGGACAAUUUUUGCAUAUGAAAUCUGUUGAAUAUGCAUUAACCUCGCAACACAUGUGCAGUGUACUCGCUCAUAUAUUAAUAACACCAGGUCUGAUUGAAAAUCAUUUGUCUAAGUUUAGCAGUCUUGAAAGUUUGAAUAUUGGAUGUCAUUUGAAAACCCCACUUUUACAUCUGUGUUAAAUUAACUGUUCAGAUAUACAUGUAGGCCUGUCUUGAUUUGAACCUCUGAGUACCUAUAUGGCAUUUUUGAUAAUUAUCUUUCAAAACAAGCUGUUUUUGGAUUUUUGGUUUGUUUUCAAUUGUACUAGUUGAGUUUUUGAAAGUGACAGAUAUGUUUUCUGGUGCACAUUAAUGCAGCAUACAAUGAUACAUGUAACUGUAUAAAUAUUUAUCUCUUGAUCAGGGUCAUUCAUUAAUGACCAGUUUCCAACAAUAUGAACAUAGCAUGAAUUAGAGAUCUAUAUACAUGCAUUAUAUGUCUUAAAUUGAUCCUUUAAAAACAUGAAAAUUCAUUUGAAGGUUAUAAAAUUUCAACAAAAAUAGAAAUUGAAGUUGUUUUGUGACAAAAAUCUUGAUGAAAAUUCAAAUUAUAGCAUGAUCAGCCUUUGUUUAAGUCCCAUUAAACCUCUUGAAGUAAAAAAAAAAAUCGUUGUUUUUGUAGUUUUAUUUUUAGAUUUGAUGGCAAGACAUGACAGCACAUCUCCUAGAGAAUGAAUAUACUCUGAGCAUGUUAUAAACUUCAUCUUAGGAAAAUAGAAAUAAUUACCUUGUUCUUGGAAUUGUUGAACAGCUAAUUUAAAGUAGCAACAAUAAAACUCUUUUUCACAAAGUUUGUGAAAAUUUCAAAGCAGCAUCGAUGGUAGUAUUAAAUAAUGAUUGCGACUUGGGCAAUUGAGGUUGAUGAUGCAAUUGUACAUGUACAUGUAUGUAGCAUGUUUUUUCUAGUUCUAACAUCAUAGCUUACCACUCAGCAACCUAGAGUGCACUAUAGUGCAGGUACAUUCUGUACAUAAAAAUGUAAGUCUCACUAGUAGGGGAAGAUUUUUCAACUGUACCAGCUCUGUAUUUUUUGUAGAAUGCAUACAUGUAUUGAAUACUGUGCAAUUGAUUGCGAUAUAUGCUUUGACUGUCAGAUGUUUUAAGGGGAAACUACUUUGAUGUCAGAACGUGGUUACUUGGGUGCUUUAUUUUGAAAUCUCGGAUGAAUCUUUUAUUCCCUUAUUCAGUAGUGCUAUAUAUACAGAAUAUUUGCAUAAUUAUUUAUUAUAAAAUGUAUCUUUGCUCUUUACAAGAUAAAUACUAUGAUCUUGUCAUUACCUUUGAAAUCAUUAAAGUUAAUCAAUUAGUGAAGCUUAACCUAAUACUUUAAAAUAUUGCCAUUAAGAUGUACGUGUGCAGAUGUAGUGGAACUUCACUUGUUAUACAUUGUAUAGUUACGUCUAUUUUGUGAUUGUGAUAGAUCUUUCAGUCAUUUUCAGUAUAUAUGUACACUGUAUAUAUCACGGCUUGCUUUGACACUUACUAUGUUUAAUGCUCUUGUAAGUGCAAGAAGCAUUUUUUUAAAUUGAGAUUAUUGUUAAUUAAAUGAGUCUUAUGAAACUAC